AUGGCCGACUCAGCACCGCAGUCGCAUGGUGCGACACCUCUUCAGGCAGUCAUGGACCAAGAGCAUGCACCCAGCAUAUCCUCGCCUCUCAACCCUUCCACCAUCUCACGGCAGGCAUCACGAACGCCAGCUCCCAUCCAGCGAGAACAACGAGAGAAGAAAGAGUCGCUCAAGAUGCGUGAGAGCAAGCAAGGGAAUGAGAAGGCCACAUCUUCGAAUAGCACUUUGGGCAAGCGGAAAGCCAGUGCUGUGCAGACAUAUCCAUCACCGCAACGGUUCAAUGUCCCUCCACCCAAGGCGCAAGAUUUCGAAGAGCCCAAAGACGAUGUCAUGAUGGCGCAUGAGCCAUUCCCUCUUACUAUGCCCAACUCUGAACGACAGCUCUACAAGCCGAUUGAUCUUGCGGAGAAUAAGAGAGGAUACCGCUAUUCGCGCGCCAUCGCAGAUCCACACUUUCCACACAAACAGCUAUAUCGAUCAACCUCACCACCACCACAUUAUGCACGACUCAGUUUUGAAGAUGCUGACAAGUGGAUGCACUUCACCACAAAUGCUUUGAUCACGACUAAUGAGAAGGGUUGGCGCAUGGUUAGGUCAAAUGUGUGCGCAAGGGAAGGCUCGUUGUAUUAUGAAAUCAAGAUUCACAGAGGUGUGCCGCCGGAAGGGCCAGACCCGACGGUCAAUGGACCACAGCCACAUGUUCGGUUUGGAUGGGCGAGGAGAGAAGCACCACUAGAUGCUCCAGUUGGUUUUGAUGGGUACAGCUAUGGCAUUACUGACAUCCGAUUCGAAACCAUGCACCGCAGCAGACCCGGGAAAUUUUUCAACGCCAAGAAAUCAAAAUCAAAAGCCGUCAAGGCAGUACCAACGACGAUCACACUAGCUCCAGAAGACCAGAACGUCAAAGAAGGCGACGUGAUUGGUGUCGAAAUCCAGCUUCCCUCCUUGACAUUACACCGCAAAGUCGUCGAAGGGGUGUACAAUCCCGCUGUGGACUCUGGUGACGGCUUUGACCAGAGCCAUCACCAAGAUGCAGACACUCAGCCACCAGAUGUCAUUCGCGAUCGUAUUCCAGUCUCGUACAAGGGCAACAGCUACUUCGAAGUAUUGGAUCAUGUUGCGUCGAAACCAAUGGAGAUCUAUGCCGAUAGAACGACAAAUCUCAACCAUUUACCCACGAAUGGACCAAGCUCCAAUAAAGAGAGCAUCAAAACUGCGCCUGGCCCGCACAACGAAUAUCCUUCGUUGAGAACACUACCGCACAGCGCCAUCAGGGUUUACAAAAAUGGCAAGCUGAUUGGCACUGCUUUCGAGAACCUGCUCGCAUUCUUGCCUCCUGCUUCUGCACCAAGCAAGACGAUGGGUGCCCGAGAAGGGUUUGAUGAUGGACUAGUGGGAUAUUUCCCGGCCGUGUCGUGUUUCUGGGGUGGCAUAGCUGAAGUCAACUUUGGUGACGGCGCUCAAGGAUUCUGGUGCCCUCCAGCUCAUUUACAGAACACCAAGAAUGCUUCGCGGCGCGCAGGGCAAGGGUCCGAUAUCGAAAUGCCGGAUGCGGGAGUCGAUGCAAGUGGUCAGAAAGCGGGUUGGAACUCGGGACGGCAAUUGAGAGGAGUUGGCGAGCGAUACAAGGAGCAGAUUGCGGAGGAUGUGGUAUGGGAUGUGAUUGAUGAGGUGGACUUUUUCAUUCAGGACGGUGCAUUCGAGAGUAGUGGA